CGUCAAUAAGCUACAAGACUUCACCUCAGGUAUUUUGCUGGCUUCCAGUGUCGAUGUAUCAAUAUUCUAGGAUUUUGUGAAUAUUGGUAUAUUACAUCAUGAUGUACGGGAUACGAAAUAGACUCGGUGUCGCUUGGGGUUAUGUAAACAAAGCCGCACUAGUGCCAGCUGCAGCAGAUUUGCCGACCCUUAAAUAUUACACGACUACCGUCGAUAAUAAUACCCCAGUCCAGUUUGAAGAAAACCCAUUCGCAAAGGAAAAAGUACAGUGCAUUUUGUGCAAACAUGGCGUAAACCCGGAUUACAAAAACGUGCAACUAUUGUCGCAAUUUCAAAGUCCUUACACUGGCCGUGUUUACGGUCGGCACAUAACCGGUUUGUGCAAAAAUCGACAUGAGCAAGUAGAACGGGAAAUCAUUAAGGCACAAAAUGCUGGAUUUAUGCCUACAUACCAUAAGGCUGUUGAGUUCCUAAAUGAUCCAAAAUUGUUCGAUCCCGAAAAGGCGAUUCGUCCGCACAAAUACUAACUAAAGCAGUAAGGUAGGAGUUCAAUAAACUUGCAUUAAAGUAGUUAACAUAAUAGAUUGAUUUACAUAUUCAGUACAUCCGUAUGCUCACCCUCGUACAUAUAAGCCAAUAAGAGCCAAAACCAAACUAAAUUAAAGAUUUAAACAAAUAGUAUAAGCGAUAGAUUUAUUCUAUUUAUUCUUAAUCAAUAAUUUAGAAAACAGCAGUAUUUGCGUAUGCUGUGCAUACUGUGCAUAAUCCUCGAUUAGGAGUUUUGGAUUUUGAACAUAAAUCGAUAGUGGAAUAACAAUACUUUACAAUGGAGAAAUCUCUAAUAGAAAUAAGAAUGCUAUAUUGUUUCAAAUAUUUGGUGGUAAUAUUAUAGUCUUAACAACCCUUGAUGCACUUGCUAGAGAUUUCAAAGCAUAGCCUUCUUAAGAUUUCUCCAUUAUUCUGUUAGAUCACAAUUUUGAUACACUAAGUUCGAUAUUUUCAAUAACCUCUCUUAAAACCAUGUAGAACGUUAUUUUUAGUAAUCUGCGUCUAUGGGAAGUCGUUUAGAAAAUUUAUCGACAAGUUGAUCUUCUA